CUGUCCGUCCGUAUGAACACAUAGAUCUCAGAGACUAGAAGAAGUUAUUUAAAAUACUUUUGUUUAAGUGUUCAAUAUACCUAAAAUAGAUUUCGUAGCAAGUAAUUCGACCUCUGUUGGCAUUUGAUUUAGUUUGUAUGGUAAUCUAUUCAUCCAGAUUAUGUUUGCGGAUUUAUAAUUUAAUUGAUUCCUAAGAAAAAUGGCAACAACAGCAACAAAUUCAAUGAUAAGACUUUCUAAACCUCCAGUUAUCUCUGAUGACUUUCUUCUUUGCGCUCAGUCGCUUUUCAGUUGUGAGACGAUUCGGAAUACAAAAUUGAAAUGAAUAUUUCAGCGUAUACGUGUAUAUUGACAGUUUUAUUAAUAACAUCACAAGUGAAUUGUUCGUGUCAAUUGGAUGAUCAAUGCAGCACCUAUUGCUAUCAGGUUGUGAAGCCGCUUCUACAAUACGUCAACACGGUGACAACAAUGACAGAAGAAAAUAACGAGUUGCAGCUUACGGAUAAGAUGCAGGCAGAAUUGAUCCUAUCGAAGGACAAGCAAUCGAAAUCGUGUGAGAUACAAUCCGAGUCAAAGUUAAGCGAGUCAUUCGAAAACCAUAAUCGAAAUCAACAAAAACUUUUUCAUCAAAUAACUAACCUAACAUCAGAAAUCAAAUCGAAAGAUGAAGAAAUUAAGGAAUUGCAAUCACAAAUUGCAAAGACUAAAGCAUUUCAGAAUGAGAUCACUGCUUAUAAACAGACAUCCAGUUGUUUUGGCAAAUUGACGGAGCUUCAUACGAUCCGAAAUCCCAUAACAAUGACAGUUUCAUGUGAAUCGAGCUUGCCUGAAGCUGGAACUGGAUGGACUGUUAUACAGCGACGUAAGGAUGGUAGUGUGGAUUUUAAUAAAACCUGGUCAGAGUACAAAGAAGGUUUUGGAGAUCUGCGUGGAGAAUUCUUUAUUGGACUCGAGAAGCUUCAUUUGCUAACACAAUCCCAGCCCCAUGAAUUAUAUAUAUCCCUUGGCGACUUUUCUAAUGAAACACGAUAUGCCAGAUACAACAACUUUGUUAUUGGUAGCGAGACAGAGGACUAUAGAAUAAAAGAUCUUGGAACAUAUUCAGGCGAUGCUGGCGACUCAUUAGCGGAUCACAAAUAUAGAUUUUCAACACCCGAUAAAGAUUUUACCUAUGAUAAGUGUCCAUCCUAUUUCAGUUCAGGCUGGUGGUUUUCCAAUAUUGGUUGCUAUUCUUGCAAUCUUAAUGGAAAAUAUAUACAAGAAGACAUUGGAGAGGAAACUGAUGGAAUUGAAUGGAGAGAAUGGAAAAGAAUCGACCUUUGAAAUUUACACAAAUGAUGAUAAGGCCAAAAUCAUGUUUAUUCUGAAAAUAUUACACUAAGCUCCGAAUAGUUUAAAUUCCUAGACCUGCAUUCUAUUAUUAUUUUCUUUCAGUAUUGCCUUAAUUUAACAAUACAUAUCUUUGAUCCUCGCAUCUUAACGUUUGAUUGAAGUGUAUUGCAGAAUCAUUGAACA